UGGGAAGGUGUUAUCCGGACCCCUGUGAUAGUGGGGGUCAGGUGGAUGGUCUAUCUCAUUGUACUUUUCGUGGUUAACCAUUGGUCAAUUAUUUCCUACAAAGCACUAGAUAAGAAAAGCAGUUGUUGAUAGGGACUAGGAAAAGAGGGCUGUGUUUGGAACUGCGUGAGUGUUGAGAUCUUGUUCAAAUUGUAGCUGUGUUUGUAGAUUACUUCUGUGAAAUUUAAGUUAUCCGGUCGUUUAUAUUGUAAGUUAAGAGUGAUGGCUAAAACCUUGGCGAGCAAAGGCCAAAUGCCUUUGGCCAAGGCUGAAACACAAGAGUCAGAAGAAGAAGUUUUUGAAUCGUAUGCCUUUAUUUGGAACAUUGAGAACAUUUCACUGUGUUGUCACAGAACAGGAGAAUCAAUUACCAGUCCAACGUUUGUAGUCGAAGGCCUUUUUAAUACUAAAUGGCGCAUCAAGAUCUAUCCUAGUGGCGUAAACGAAGACGCCAAGAAUUUCCUUUCUGUGUUUUUAUGCAGAGAAGAGGAUAAAUGUAACGAGGGUGUAUUAAUUGAUUACGAAAUCAUGGUGAUUGACGGUAAUGGUAAAAAUCUAAGAAACAUGCUUGGUGAAGAUGUUAUGUUUGAAAGAGGAACAAUGCUGGGUGUUUCUAGGCUUUUCAAAGAUGAUCGUGUUUUGAAGGAUGCACUGGCAUGGAAGGUGGAUGUUCUAAGUAUAAGGUGUGAAAUACUUAGUAAACAUUUGGAUAAGAACAAACAGGUUGUGUCCGGGUGCGAAGCUCGAUCGAAAAUCGAAAUGGACAAAUGCUCAUUUGAAUGGGACAUUGAAUUUCCAGCAUCUUCUCGGUGGAAAAAAAUCGAAACUUUAUAUUUCCUGCCAGUAUCGCUUGAUAUUAUUCUGGCUGCUCCUGAAGACGAAUUUAUAAUUAUUAUUUGCACAACUGAUAGCCUAUCGUCUGAACCUCAAAAAAUAUAUUGCAGACUUUCCUUAAUAGACAACAAGGGUGAAGAAUGCUUUACACAAAGUGACGUGCACGUGUUUGAAGAUCCCGCUGCUUUUGAAUCAUGGAAUUUCCCCUCAUUUUUCACAAAAAGUAUGAUCCUGAAACAAAAACGUUUCUUCUUGGAAGACCAUACGUUUGGUUUAAGAUGCGACAUUGUAAUGUCAACUGGGAUUGUGACAUCUUGCAUAGAAAAUUACACCUUCCACCCUUCGAAUUUCAUGAGGUUCAAAUCGCCGGGCGUAAAUUUAAAUAUGCAUUCAGCUUUGCACGACGAUCUUCGUGAGAUGUUUAUAUCCAAAAAGCAUUGCGAUGUGAAACUGAGAGUAGAAAAAGCUACAUUUCCUGCCCAUAGAGCAAUUCUGGCCGCUCGUUCACCGGUGUUUGGAGCCAUGUUCGAUCAAAAUAUGACUGAAACUAAAACUGGAAUCGUCAAUAUCAAAGAUAUAAAACCUUAUACAAUGGAUACUCUUCUGGAAUGCAUCUAUACGGGAUCCAUAAAAGAAUUGGACUAUGAUUCUGCAAUAGAACUAUUAAUUGCCGCAAAUAGGUAUCAAAUUUCUUCAUUAGAAGAAAAGUGUUCCGCUUUCUUGACAACAUCUUUGACUGUGUCAAAUAUUUUCGAAGUUUUGAUUACCGCAGACAGAAUUGCUUAUAAGCCUUUAAAGACAAAUGCAUUGGAUUUCAUAAAGAAUAAUUUUGAGAAAGUAUUGAACUCAAAAAUCUAUCUUGAUUUUGUUGAAAAUAACAAUACAUUAGCAACGGAAGUGUUACUAAAAUUAUCUGAUGUUUUUAAAAAGAUGCUAAAGUAUAAAUAACAAAUAAACUCAUUUUUUAAGAAUUUUUUAUAAAUUUAAAAUAUUUUUAAUUGCUUGUCAAAAAUAAGAUGAAUGUCCUUUAAAUUUACAUAAUAAAUUAACCAUUUUAAUGUGCCCAGUAUGUUCUGUAAAGACAGCCCAUCAUAUGAUAUUUUAGGAUCAUUAUUAAAAACGAGAACAAAAAAAGUAUUCACGAUGCGAGUCUCAAACCAAUAUUCAAGCAAAAAAAAAAAAAAACUAAGACGUAAUCUAAGAUUCAAUAAUA